UGAUACAGUAGCAAGCCCGUAGCUACUUGCAUAUCAUCGGCCACGCGCAUUAUUUCCUAUAUCAACAGUUUGCGUGACUCUAUCCUCGUUCUGGGUGAGACUUGUGAAAAUAUACAUUUGUGACAUUAUUACAUCAAGGAAAGUUGUCUGGCAACGCAAAGAUGUGGAAGUCAGUGGUGGGACACAACGUGAGCUUAAAGGUUGCAGAGGUGGACGACUGGGAAACCGACCCUGACUUUGAGAAUGAUGUGUCAGAACAGGAACAGAGAUGGGGGGCCAAGACCAUUGAGGGGUCUGGUCGAAAAGAACACAUCAGUGUAUCAGAGCUGAGACAGAAGGUGUCCCAGGAGCAUGAGGUGGGGAAGCAGAAGGAGCGAGCGGAGGCUCCCAAGGCCUCUUACGGUUACGGAGGGAAGUUUGGAGUGGAGAAAGACCGCAUGGACAAGGGGGCAGUGGGGCAUGGCUACGUGGCGCAGGUGGAGCAGCACUCAUCCCAGACCGAUGCAAAGAGAGGAUUCGGGGGGAAAUUUGGAGUGCAGAAAGACCGUGUGGAUAAGUCUGCCAUGGGUUUUGAUUACAAGGGAGAGGUGGAUCAGCAUACAUCUCAGAAAGACUAUUCAAAGGGUUUUGGAGGGAAGUUUGGGGUGGAGAAGGAGAAAGUGGACAAGGCUGCUUUAGGUUACGACUAUAAGGGAGAGACMGAGAAGCACCAGUCUCAGAAAGACUAUUCAAAGGGUUUUGGAGGGAAGUUUGGGGUGGAGAAGGAGAAAGUGGACAAGGCUGCUUUAGGUUACGACUACAAGGGAGAGACAGAGAAGCAUGAGUCACAGAAAGACUAUGCCAAGGGCUUUGGGGGACGCUAUGGAGUCCAGACAGACCGCAUGGAUAAAAGUGCAGUGGCCUUCACAGACAUGGAAUCCCCUACCUCUGCCUAUGAGAAGACACUACCAUUGGAGGCUUCAAGUGCAGGGGCAGGCAACCUGAAGGCUCGCUUUGAGAACUUGGCUCGGUCAUCAGACGAGGAGAACAGAAAGCGAGCAGAGGAGGAGAGAGCCAGGAGACAGGCUAGAGAGAAGAGAGAGCAGGAGGAGGCACGACGCAGACAACAGGAACAGAACAGCAGGGAGGAGGAAGCAGAGCAGCAUCAGCCUCCACCUGUUGAAGAGCAGAGACCUCCACCUGUUCCAGAGACCAACAGGAAGCCCCAACCACCACAGCUGCCCAUUGCCAGGGCAGUGCCUCAGAUACCAAGAGAUGAACCUGAGCUAGUGGAGGAAGAGGAGGAGGAGCCAGACUAUGACCAGCCCCCGUGCCUGCCCCCACGGUCAAGUGACCUGCUGGAGGCGGAGCCACCUCAGGAGCAGACCCCAUCAGAACCAGAGCAGGAGGAUGAGGGAGAGUAUGAGGAUAUCUCAUCAAUGGAGGCGGAGCCACCUCAGGAGCAGACCCCAUCAGAACCAGAGCAGGAGGAUGAGGGAGAGUAUGAGGAUAUCUCACCAAUACCUUUCCCAGAACCUGAUCCAGCUGUGGAUAAUGACUAUGAGGACCUGACAUGCGGUCAGACAGCAGUGGCCAUUUAUGACUACCAAGGAGAGGCAGAUGAUGAGAUCUCCUUCAACCCGGAUGAUGUCAUCACCAACAUAGAGAUGGUGGACGAAGGCUGGUGGAAGGGACACUGUCACGGACGCAUUGGACUUUUCCCUGCUACAUUCGUGAAAAUGAUGUAGUGAGCGUGCCUAUAGUCUCCAACACAGACAUAUACCUGAGCCCAUAGGACCUGUGGGUCUUUUCACAGGGGGAACAUCAGCAUAUUGAUCCCAUCUUACAGGUAUAGUUUGAUUGUACCAUGGGAGCAUCUCAAAUGCAUACUCCUCUAUCCUCACUUCCUUAAUACCCAUUGGAGGAGGUCAGAGGGGAGGGACCUCUGGCUUUCUCAUCCGAUGGGUUUUGAGGUGAGAGGACGCAAGGAGUAUACAAUUCAGAUUCUCCCCAUGUGUUUUCUAGUCAAUUGAUUUAUAUCCGGUCAGUAGUCAUGAUAUAUAAUGGAUACGUCAUUGUGCUUCAUAUUGCUCAGGGUGGGAUGCAGCCCUUCCCCUUAUAAACGCUGAUUGCUAAAUGUUCCAGAAUACCCUUAUACACUUGCAUUUCAAAGGAUUAUGUAAGUCAUCUAGCUAUGGAAUGUUUUGUUUAAAAACAGUAAUUAACUGCAGAGAAUUGUAUUUUGGCUAUUGAUGGAAUCCUUAACUUGAAUUACAUUGUCAUACUUUGGAAAAGCAUAAUAUCUGAAACACCAGGUUAAAAAGGUUAUUUCUAGAAUCAACUGCAUGUAAUCAAUAAAAUGUCUUAAUGUA